AUGAUUUUCGGUAUUAGUGGUAAUCUCUGUGCUGGCAAACGUGCUUUAGCAAUUUAUCUUGAGAGAGAACUUGGCUUUAAGAUAGUCAAUCUCUAUCAGGAGCUUGCAGGACUCCUUAGUCAAGAGGGAGGGCAUUCAGAUGCUCUAAAAAAUCUAUUUAAAAGUAAAUUUUCCAAAUUCAUGUCGAUCUUAACAUCUUGGUUAGCGGAAAACAAGUAGCAUUUGUUGAAGUUACUGCAAGAAAUUCUAGAGAGAAUGAAAGGAGACUGGAAGCAAAACUACGUCCUCUAUCCAUUCAUCAUGGAUAAAGAUAUUGACCCUCUGCAGUAAGUAUAAAAUGGAGUUAAAUGUUACUUUUAAAGAGAUAAGUAUAAUGUCAUAGUCUUUGAUGUCGAGGCUCCAUUCACUCAUCGCUUCAAAAGAUUUGUUGAGAAGAACGGUGAUAUCUCAAUGGAAGACUUCGCUGCUCUUGACGAUGAAGUAUCAUUCACCUUGAAAACUGACAAUACUUUGAAAGUCGUCAAAAGAUUUAUUAACAAUGGUGAAUCUUUAGACAGCUUCUUCUCACAGUUGAGUCGUAAGAUUUAAACUCCAUAAUAAGAUUUUAAUAUAAAAUUAUCAAUAGAAUUCAACUUCUUGAAUAAUGAUUUGGUGAGACCAAAGUGGGAUACUUACUUCUUAAGAAUGGCUGAGAUAGUAGCAAGCAGGUCAAACUGUAUGAAGAGGCUUGUUGGAUGUGUUAUCGUUAAUGAUUUAAGAAUCGUAUCUACGGGCUACAACGGCACACCCUUUGGAAUGGAGAACUGCUCUGAUGGAGGCUGCCAUAGAUGCAAUAGUAUGACUCCUUCUGGAGUAGGCCUUGAGGAAUGUCUCUGUAUUCAUGCUGAAUAAAAUGCAGUUAUUGAAGCUGGUAGAUCUAAAUGUAUUGGGGGUACAAUCUAUGUAAACCUAUCACCAUGCUUGACUUGCUCGAAGAGUAUCAUAUAAGCAGGUAUUAAGAGAAUAGUCUUCAAUAGAAAAUACAUUCAACCGAUUGCCGAAUAAUUCUGGAAGAAAUACGAGGGACAGGUAGAAGUUGUUCAUCUAUCAAUACAGAUUUGA